GACGUGGAACACAGUGGGUGAGAGGUUCGUGAGGAGCAGCAGGAGGAGUUAGAUUCACUGCAGUCUUGGCUCCUGAACUUUUGUGAGGCUCCCGGCCACUUGGCCAGGAAUGAGCCAGGCGCUGCGAUGGCCAUGGACCUGAGCAGUGGGAGCGGCAACUACAAUCACCAGCUAAGCAACGAGGAACAGAUCUGGCUACUCAAUGCUGUGAAAAACCAAAAAAUCACCGUAGAGCGAGCCUGGGAGAUUGCACAAACCAUGAAGCAACCAGCUCAGGACACAACAAAACAGGAGCAACUGCCUGAAUACGAUACACAAUACAACUUUUGUAUCUACAAAUACAACCGAUACAGGUGGCAGAAAAGAGUACUGCAGAUCGAUUUUACGUCAAGGAUCUUGUGUAAUAUUGCACAAGGUAUCAUUAAAAAACAGUUCUCGUUCAAAAACAUCAAAUCGUGUGAGCACAUUGACGGGCAGAAGAUCAGCAUUUCCUUUUUAGGACAUCAUGACUACGAGGUUGAAGCUACCUCCGCUGAAGACAGAGUGAAGAUUGUACAACUCGUGAACCAAAUCAUUCAAAGCAACAUAUACGAGAUCCACAAGACAAGCAAGAGCGGCGGUGAUGGUCUCAGAAAACAGCCAGGCGUCAUAAAAGAAGGGCAGCUGGAAUUACAAAAAGGAGGGCUGGCUUCAAUGAAGUGGAGGAGAUACUGCGUGCGAUUGACUCUGGCAGAGCUGUGCUUUCAGCGCCUCAACCCUAGUGAAGCGAGUGAGCUUUUGGGCUUAGCUCCAAAUGUGAUUCAUCUGUCAGAUGGUUACGCAAGUGUGCAUAAGGAGAUGAGAACUGAUUCCUUCACUGUGAUCACAAAGAAAAACUGCUACUUAUUCAAAAUACCAGAAGCUGAGCAUUUCAAAGUUAUGGAUGAUUUAAGGAAGUGCCGUGAUGAAUGGAUUGAUGCUAUUGACAAGUGCUGCCUGCACUGGAAGCGUAUAUCUCAGUCCCAGCUGUUUGCCGACAAUAACCUGUACGAAGCUAUUGAAAAUUUGGCCCUCGAGAUGGAGUCCACUGGUGAAAGUGCGUUGAAAGAACCUGGCUCCUCUCGAGAACUGAGCAUGGAGAAGGAUGAGACAAAGGUAGAGGAAAAGGCUGAAAAUUUCCGUGAAGAGAUAAAGAAGGCGGUGAAAGAGAAGAAAGGAAGUGAAUCUCUCGCUCCAGUUAAGGAAAGAACACCACGCUCACCUUUUACACCAAGCGUGCUUCCCAUUAUAGCUCGGUACCUACCACCUCCACCACCACCUAUUCCCUUACCACCUCCCUUCCCGUGUAAAGGGUCUGAAACUUCAGUGAAGACUAAAGUAUUGCACUGGGAGGUGGUCGCUCCAGAAAAGAUUCCGAAAUCUAUUUGGGGACAUAGCAAUUCAACGAAGGUGCAAUUGAACAGUGUAAGACUGCUUGAUCAGUUCGCUAUUCAAGAUACCAUAGCACUUAAAAUCAUAGUCAAUGAUUUUUCUCCCCAUCAGCAGAUCCUUCUGAACCAGAAAGUUGCCCACAAUUUCAACAUUUUUCUUAAAAGUUUCCCGGUCAAAGCAACCGAAUUGAAUGGAAAACUCUUGAUAUUACAGGAAGAAAAUGGUGGAUUAACAGACGAGCAUAUUACGUCAUUGAGCAGAUAUGUUCCCACACCAGAUGAUGUAGAAAAGUACAAAUCUUACUCUGGCCGUCAUAGUGACCUGCAUAUUGUGGACCAAUAUAUGAUGACGAUGUGCCAUAUAACCUACCUAAGGCAGAGACUGGAUUUGAUAGUUACCGUACGAGAGCUUCCUGUUAGUAUGCGCAAUCUUCAGCCGCUGUUAAAUCACAAGAUAAAAGCCUGCUCUCAGCUGUUGGAGAGCAGAAUGUUUGUGUCUGUGCUCGGCCACCUGCUCGCUAUCGGUAACUUUUUGAACGAGAAUGCCAGGAAGGAGAAGAUAAAAGGAUUUCGACUUUCAUCCCUGACCAAACUGGUAGAGAUCCGAGGGAAGGACCGAACAUUCACUGUACUCCAUGCCCUCAUCGAACAGAUUAUGCUGCAGGAACCGGCCUUGACAACCUUUACGCAGGAGUUGACUGAAUUUGAAGCUGUGCCAGGCGCUUCAAUUAAAGGUCUCAUUGCUGAAGUGGAUGUUCUGAAGAACCAGUUGGAGAAAAUUAAUCAAUACAAAAAAAUAUUUAAAUCGAAGAACAAAGUGAACGCAGAUAGAGAAUUCUACAAGGAACUGAAGAGUCUAAUCCAGAAGUAUGAAGCUGAGCUCAUUCAGCUGUCCAAACAAUGUGAUGAAAUGAAGAAGCUCUACAGUGAUGUCUUGGUGAAGUUUGGAGAACCACAGAAUCAGGACUCGCAGGAAAUGUUUGGAUGGAUCUCCUCCUUUGUCAAUGACUUCAGCAAAGCCUGUGCAGAUAAAAAAGCACUGCAGACUGGAAACAGAUGAGAAGUAACACUGCACAUUAUGUUAGAUAAAUCUUUCCUCUAUCUGUGUUUUCCCUGCAAUAUCUUUUUGUCCUCCAGUAAAAGAUCAGUUCAGCUCUGUGAGCCUCUCUCUAUAAUAUCAAGCCCUAUGUACAUAAGAAUUUGCUCAGCGAAAGAAGACCAAGGACCAUCCAGUUCGCCUUCCACCGUCCUGACAGUUGCAUGCACAUCAUGUCCCAAACUAUGUACUGUAUCCUGAGAUAUUAUUUCCUAAGGUUAUGUCCCAGAACAUUGUUCGUUGUUCUUCACUGAGCCCUUUCUGAUAUGUCAAUGUUCUAUUGCAGAUAGGGCACCCAAAUGUUGCAGGUAAAAGGGGUCUUUCACUUAACUCGAGUUAUCGUCCUCUUUAUUAAAGGCUCCUGCUCUGAACCCAAGCCAUCAUUCUUCACCUCGGAAACAACUGUGACAUAAAGAUAAGAAUGGCUGUUACAUUAGUACGGAACAAUUACCAUUUGAAGUUUGAAAGUCCCUUGAUAUUGAAACUAGGGAUUAACUUAUGCUGAUCGCUACAAGUAGUGAAUUUUUUAAUAUAUGCCCUUAUGAUGGUAAAUCCUAUUAAAGGCUGCUAUUUUUAGCAAUCAGUGUAAAAUAUUCCCCACUCAGUACAGAAGCUUUAAAUUAGUUGGGGCCUGGCGGCUAUCAUUCCUUAUUGCUGUGAUACACUAGGUAUAAAGAGAAGGGGUUUCCCUGCAAAAAUAAUAUCAAUAGAACCCUUGUAAAUAUUUGAAAAUUUCAUUUUUUAAAAUCCUUAUUCCUUCAUUUUUUUUAUUGUUAGCACUGAUUCUCAAGAUCACAAGGUACAUGAUAAGGCGCUAUAUCAAAUGCAAGGAUAAUUAUAAU